AGUUGCUGUUUCAAAAUGUAGUUCCGACAUUUCUGCUACGAGACACCACUGACUCUUGUGAGAGAUCGAGGUCGUAGUGCAAUUCAACGAUUAGACACAGAGUGAGAGCGUGGUAAACAAUCAUGGCAUCACCUUUGGAGAACUUGGAAGCUCAAUUGGAGCUUUUUAUUGAGAAUGUACGACAAAUACGUAUCAUAGUGAGCGAUUUCCAGCCUCAAGGGCAAAAUGUGUUGAAUCAAAAAAUUCAAGGACUAGUCAGUGGCUUACAGGAAGUUGAUAAGUUAAAGUCCCAAGUUCAGGAUGUUCACGUACCAUUGGAAGUAUUUGAUUACAUUGACCAAGGAAGGAAUCCUCAAUUAUACACUAAAGACUGCAUAGAAAAGGCUUUAACAAAGAAUGAACAAGUAAAGGGCAAGAUAGAUGCUUAUAGAAAAUUCAAAGCCAACAUGCUGGUGGAAUUGAAUCGAGUUUUCCCGAACGAGUUAGCCAAGUAUAGAGCAAUUCGCGGAGAUGAAUAAGACAAUGCAGUUUUAAGGACCAGGCAGAUAAUUUUUCUCAUAUACUGCCACAUGCUACAUAACUGCAACACUUCUGUUAUGGUAUUUUGUAACUCUAGUAUAAUUAUUAAAAUUUAUAUUGCCCAUAAAUAGUAUGUUUUGUUCUUGUAUAUAUUUUGUAAGUGUAAAUAUGCGAUAUUUUAUAUAA